AGGCGGCAGGAGGAGGUGCGGGGGGCGGAGCUGCCGGCGUCGCCCCGCCCUCCCCGGUCUGGGCGCUGCGGAAGCGGCGGCGGCGGCCGGGGCCGCGUCCCCGCCGGGCUCCGGGCGGCGGGAGGCGGAGCGAGAGCCCGGGCACGGCGGCAUCUUCCAGAGCGGCCUUCGCCGGGGCUCCAUGGAGAAGCGGGGCGCGCCGCCGCCCGCCGCCCCUCCGCGGGGCCCGGUGCUGCACAUCGUGGUGGUGGGCUUCCACCACAAGAAGGGCUGCCAGGUUGAAUUUUCUUAUCCUCCCCUAAAGCUUGGAGAAGGACAUGACAGCCACAGUUUACCAGAGGAAUGGAAAUAUUUGCCGUUUCUUGCCUUACCAGAUGGCGCUCACAACUACCAGGAAGAUACUGUGUUUUUCCAUUUGCCGCCGAGAUGUGGGGAUCAAACUACAGUAUAUGGUGUUUCUUGCUAUAGGCAGAUUGAAGCAAAGGCAUUAAAAGUACGGCAAGCGGACAUCACUCGAGAAACAGUACAGAAAAGUGUGUGUGUUCUCUGUCAGCUGCCUUUGUAUGGGUUACUUCAGGCAAAGCUGCAACUCAUUACACAUGCAUAUUUUGAAGAAAAAGACUUCUCGCAAAUUUCAAUUCUGAAGGAACUUUACGAUCAUAUGAAUAGUUCCUUGGGCAGUACGUUGCUAGAAGGAUCACAAGUUUAUCUUGGUCUGUCUCCUCGGGAUCUUGUUCUUCACUUUAGACACAAGGUCUUGAUCCUUUUUAAAUUGAUUCUUCUAGAGAAAAAGGUGCUGUUUUAUAUAUCUCCAGUAAAUAGAUUGGUGGGAGCUCUGAUGACUGUCCUGUCACUCUUUCCUGGUAUGAUUGAACAUGGUCUUACUGACUGCUCACAUUAUAGACCAAGAAAGAGCAUAUCUGAGGAUGCUGGCCUGCAGGAGAAUACACCACAGUUAGAUGACUGUGUUUCUGUGUCUGCUGCUGAUACUUCAAAUACAAACUUAAGAAUGGGAAAGGGAGACAUGAAGAUGGCAGGAAACCAUUCACUGGAAGGUCGAAAAGCAAACAUGUCUUUCUCCCAGUCAGAGAAGACUUGUAACGGAGCUCAGUCCUCCAACGGUACUGUGCAGCGCUUGAAAGUUCCUUCCCGUGCUUCUCCAGCGUCCUCGGAAAGUGACUGGGAGACCUUAGAUCCUAGCAUUUUGGAGGAGUCUAAUUUGAAAGAAGGAGAACGUGAAAAUACAGCAUCAGAACAGGCUGAAAAUCUACCGAGCAAAGGCAUGAGCUCAGAAAGCCUUCCAAUCACUGUGCAGCCCCAAGCAAACACAGGACACACGGUGUUUGUUCCAGGACUGAUAUCUGGGUUGGAAGAGGACCAGUAUGGUAUGCCGCUGGCUAUUUUUACAAAGGGAUACCUUUGUUUGCCAUACAUGGCACUGCAGCAGCAUCAUCUCCUGUCAGAUGUAACAGUCCGUGGCUUUGUUGCGGGAGCCACCAAUAUCCUGUUCCGUCAGCAGAAACAUCUGAGUGAUGCAAUUGUGGAAAUAGAAGAUGCUCACGUACAAAUCCAUGAUCCAGAACUCCGUAAGAUCCUGAACCCAACAACGGCUGACCUAAGAUUUGCAGAUUACUUGGUGAAGCACGUGACUGAGAACAGAGAUGAUGUUUUCCUUGAUGGCACUGGAUGGGAAGGAGGAGAUGAGUGGAUCAGGGCCCAGUUCAGCGCUUACCUUCAUGCACUGCUUGCUGCCGUGCUGCAACCAGACAAUGAAAAGACUUUGUCAGACUUCGGAACAGCUUUUGUAGCAGCUUGGAAAAAUACCCACAACUACAGAGUAUGGAAUAGCAACAAGCAUCCAGCUCUUGCAGAGGUAAAUUCUAGCCACCCAUUCCAAGGACAGUACUCUGUAUCAGAUGUUAAGUUAAGAUUGUCACACUCCGUGCAAAACAGUGAACGUGGAAAGAAGAUUGGAAAUGUGAUGGUUUCUACUAGUCGAAAUGUUGUACAAACGGGAAAAGCUGUAGGUCAGUCCGUUGGAGGAGCCUUCACAAGUGCAAAAUCAGCAAUGUCAUCAUGGUUUUCCACUUUUACACAGUCAACCCAAAGCCUUGGGGACUAACUGAUAGUCUUGCACAACACUGCUGAAAAUUUCAGGUGCGAUGCUUUCUCUGAGCUGUAAAAAGACUGCUCCAAAACAGGAGUGGAGAUUAACUUCCCAGGACCAAAACAUGUUGCUUGCAAGCACACAUGAAAUGUUACCAUUCAGUUUCACUGGAAUUAUAGAAGAAUGGUGAGUGUCUCCAUACAAUGGGGUGGCACCUGCAGUAUAUCGGUUGUAUUUAAAGUGACUACUUUAAAACUGAGCCUUUAUAAAGACAUUAGCAAACAGGGCUUGCUGCAAGCCAAAUGUGUUUGACUUUAGAUUUGUACAUUUUCUUGGAUGUUGAUAAUAUUUAUGAAAACCAGUUAUAUUUUUCAAUCCAAAUAGCCAAAUGUUUGUGAAUUCUUGUUAGAAAUAAGCAGAAUAUAAACACUGACUCCUCUUUCAGGUUGGAUUUGAAAGCAUCUCUGCAAAAAGUAUAUGGUGAAAACCCAUUAAGGGUUCCAAGCCAGGUGGAACUUUCUCGCUUUCACGUGCAAAUUAAAAUUGGCAGGGUGCAGAGUGUGGCUGAUUUAAGAUUUUUUUUUUUUUUUUUUUUUUUCCCUCCUCUGUAGCCAUGUACAGUUGUUUGCGUUAAUCUGUCUCUACCUUUCUUUGUGUCCCCAAAUCUGUGUGACAAUUGCAAAAUCAGUAAUUUCUUGAUAUUAUGCAGUAGGCCUUCAUAAUUCUGCAUAUGUUUUGGCUGUGUUUUUACCCUGGGAUGUGAGUGGGAUUCCAGUUGGAGACACCUCUUCAGGAAAAAUAUUACAAAACAAUUCUCACAAAUCGGGGUUGGAUCAUAGUUUUGUGAGGUCUUUCUCUAUUAGAAUGUAAUUACACCAUCAAUGUAAUUACGUGCAUUGAAUACAAAGAACUAAAAAUGCCUAAAACGAGCACAGCACCAAACUGUGUGGCACUUUUUCUUUUUUUUCCUGGUAAAGUUAUGAAGACGUUUCCAAAUGAAAAUCAGCUAUAUCUGUUUUCUGUGUUGACUCAGGGAAUGUUCUGUUUGGAUAGCUACUUUUUUCAUAAAGAAAGUAGUGCUGGAAUUGAGUAACUGAAACAGCUCAGUUUGUAUCCUUGUGUGAAGAAAUAUAAUAGUUUAUAUGAAAAGAUGUGGCAUAAUGCUGUAUUUUCUAUGUAACAUGCAUGUGGUGUUUUCUGUGUGCAAGUUUAUUCCACUUCCUACAUUUCCUGAUUCUGAGAGAUUAUUUCCUGUUUCUUGCAAUGUGUGUGCCUCUCUAUGCCUUCUGACAUCCCCACACGAUAGCUGUUAACAUUUUCUACAUCACGUUAUCAAAUGUUCCAAUUUUCUGUAGUAAAAGGCUCUCAGUUUAUUGCCUCAUCAGUAUUGGUCAGCACUUCACCAUGUUCUUUUCCGGGGCCAAGAUUUCAAGUCAUGGUUAUUUCUUCUAUUCCUCAAAUAAAAUACAGCAGCUGUACAAGAGGUAGACAAGAAGGCUUGAAUGUAAUUUAAGAAAUUAAGUUUUAAUGCCUUUAGGUGCAUUUGAAAAGCUAAUAGAAAAGCCACACUUGCAUCACACAGUUACUGUUGAACAGCUUAGUUUUUAGUCUUAUGGCUUCAAACAGCAAUUUGAAAACACAGGAUCUGGUUUAAAGCCUUCAUUACUUUUUUUCCAGGACAAAUUAGAUAGAAUGGCUGUGGAAAACCUGAGAGUUUACAACUAGUUUGAGUAGUUUCAUGUGAGAAUGGCGAAAAAGGCGCCUAAAGCUCUACUGAUCUACUGCUUCUGACAUACAAGUAAAAUGUACCUAUAGAACUGCAACUAUUGCUACUGAUCUGUGUGUAUUUGUGUAUUUCCUAAAAUUUCUGAUGCUCUUUUUCUGUUUUAUUCCACAACUCUCUAAUAGACAUUUAUAUCUCUUCAAAGACUAAGUAAUAAUUGAUAUGCUGGAAGAGCUCUAGUGAAAUAAGACUAGGGCUGCAUUUAUUCAUUAUGAAUCUAGAGCUUUCUGAUUCAGCAUGCAGAUAAGAAAAUAAUCAAAAAUAAUCACUUGCUUUUGUGAAAUAGCUAGUGUAUCAGCUGCCUGGGAUUUAAGUGGUCAGGCUUCAUGUUGUAGUGAAGACUGAAUAAAGGUGCAUAAAGUAUUUAAGCACCUGUAAAACUAACUUCAGCAAUUUAAGGCAUACAAGGUAAAUUUAGGCUUAGGAGCUCACGAUGGUGAGUUCUAACAGCCACGCGAGUGGGAGGUAUUUACAUGUACAAGGUAUAGAAACAGGACCUUCAAGUAUCCCUUUUCGAUAUCCUUGUCUUUGUCACCUCCUCACCUGAGUUUCUUCUGUAAAAGUCUCCUGUGCCCCAAAUUUGUAUAGCAAAUUUGUUUAGCUCUCUGCAUUCUCCUUACUCCCACAGACUGCCUCGGUGGCCCAGGGAUAUCUGAAAGCUGAUUUGUUUGUUUGUUUUGGUAGAUUGAUUUGAGGAAAGGCAGAAUGAGGUGUCCUCUGCAGUGCUCAGCAAGCCACAGCUGCUUGCUGCUUUGUACAGGGACUCUGUUAUGAUACUUCACAGUAUUUCUCUUAUGAGCAAGGUGACCAGACAGAUCUUUCUCUGAAGUCUUUUUCCCACUGUUCCCGCUGUCUCUGCUGUGGAGCCAAACAUACAACCUGAUUAUGAGUAUUUUCCUUUCUUUACAAAUGAUAGAUGAAGAAACUGGUAUUUAUUUUCAAUCCUUUUAAGAACUAGCAUCCUGCUAGCAAGUUGGACUGUGACUCAUACAGUGAUUAAGACUCAUGCAGUGGGUAGAAAUGAAGUGAUCUUCAUAAUAUGUGACCUUCAUUAACAUGAAUGUUUGCUCUGCCAUUUGCUUAAACUUACUUUUGAGCUGUAGGAAGGCAUGCAGCCACUGAGGUUUAUCUAAGCUCAUGUAGUCCUCUUAAUUUAAUGGUUGUAACCUCUUUAGUUAAAUCCAGUGCAAAUGCAAGUUAUUUUCCUCCCCUCUGUUUUAAAAUACCUAGUGCAAGCAUUAUUACUUACUCAGAAAAAUUUAGGCAGACAACUUCCGUCUUAAAGACCCUGAUAUACGUUCCUGCACUGCAAGAAAGAGUCCUAAAUGAAUUGGUGAUGGUACCUCUAAUGAGUCAACUGUGAAGCUAUUGUUACAGCUUUGUCAUAAUGUGUGUUGCAAAGGUAUUUCUGGCUGCCAGUGUGCAGCACGUACUGACUUACACCUUUCAACUUUCUGUCAAAGGCAUCAAUCUCUGCUUUUUGUAUGUGCCAGCAUUUGAGGAACUGCCCGUUGAGCAUAGAUUUAAGUCCCAAAAAACCCACAAGACUAAGUAUUGUUGACCUAAUAUUUCAUUUGACUAAAAUGUUUGGCGUUUUUCAUCAAUCAUUUUCACGUCAUAACCUCAAUUCCUGUGCACAUCUGACACCAGUUUCCUCAAAUAUCACAAUGUAAUUAUCAUUUUUAGAUCAGUGUUCUAGUACAUUGCACUUGUUUGACCUUGUGCAUCUGUUUCAAGCACUUUUGUAAUUAAAUUUAGUAUUUUGCCUAAACAAGCUUCUGAUUUCAGUACAAAUUACUACUAAGCAGACAAACUAAUGUGGCAGUAUUUAAUUUUAAAAGUGAAGGUGUGAAUUCAGUUCUUAAACAUAGAAACUGUUGCUUGAUAAUUGAACAUACAAGUAAUGUAUUUGAUUUUUCUUGUGCUGCUUGAAAAAUAAAUACAUCCAACCUGUUUAAAGUUCUAUCUGCUCAAAACGAUGUAUUAUUUUAAGAAAUUAUUCCCUCCAGAAGAUACUUGGAGGCAUCUGCUUUUGGCAUUGGUAGCUGCUUGUAAUACACUGGCAAUCUUUUUGAAAUAUGUCUUUCAGUUAAACUGUGCAUGUUGCUUUUUGCAAAUUUAGGACAAGAGGAUCCUCUAGUGUGACUUUUUAUUCCCUAUUGGGUCCUGCUUAUUGUGAAUUGAUUCAGUAGAUUACAUCAUUAAGAACUUUAAGUACGACUGUAAAAUUUUGAUGUAGAUUUAGCUUUAAAAUAGUAUGUAGUUCAUUUGGAUUGUGACAUCUAGUCAAAGUCAGGAUGCUGAGUAAAUUAAUUGCUGCACAUCCAGUUCUCUGCUAUAGUGAACUGUUUUAAAACUUUAGAACUUCUACUGUAACUGUCACUAGCUGAGAAUGAUUUGGUAAAUCGCUGUUUCCAGUUGGAGGAAACUAAAUGCCUUGAAUAACAUUGAUGUGAAUUAGAUGAAGCUGAUGUCUAGAAAAUGGUUGCAAUUCUCUAAAAUUUGUUAAAAUUUUUCUGACCGUAUGAAAGUGUUGUCCCUAAAUUCAGGUUCUUUUACCCCGUGUAAAAUGAGCCAAAAACCACCCAGAGUCAAGAUACUUGUUUAAUCCAUAUCUGUGCAGAGCUGGGUGCUAGGUGGCAAUUCCCCAAAGCCACCACACCGCACACAGGCAAGCAACACACUGACACACUUCAAACUACAGGAAUACACAUGUAACAUAAUGACCGUUGGUUUGUUUCUUAUCACUGUGUUCCUCACGGGUUAACAACAGGCCUUGUCUCGGUCUGAAGUCCCAGUAGCCUCUUUUUUAACUACGCAGGUUCAGGGAGGAAGGGGCUUUUCUUGGUAGGUGACUUUUUCCUACUCAAGGGUGGGGUUUUAUUAUGUUAAUGAGGAAAGCUCACUCAUAAAUCAGGUGGUUCUCUCCUUGGUUCAAUUAGCAGCUUUGGUUUCUGUGCAUUUAUCUUGGUAUUUCCCUGCUUGAUGGUUUUGUGGUGUCAUCCCUCCUGCUUAUCUCAGCAUUUCCUUGUUAUAAUUACAGUGUUGCUUCUUCAGGGUCAUUCUGUCAGCUUUACCAGUUCCUUUAUCAAUUCCUGGCAUUCUUUCACAGCCCUGCUUUUGUCAUUUUAUUAAAAUGUAACACAAAUAAUUGUGUAAACACACUGGAAGAUAAAUUUACAUCGUGUUGUUUGUGCAGUAUAAUUUUACUUUCUUGCAGGUAUUUAGCUUUCAUUAAAAAGGGCAAUAUGGAAAGUAUUCAUUAAAAGCAGAAACACUACAUUAUUGUACUAUGAUUAAAGAUGGAUGACAAAUUG